AUGGUUGACAAUGGCCUCCCCUUAGGUCCUUCUUUGGAAACUCUGGACCAUACCCUGGGAUAUCAUCCAGGAGUUCUAACUGGGACUUUAAAUUGUUCCCCAAGAUCUUUUUGGGUCCGCUCAAUCGUUCUUUCGCAAGGUCAAAGGGAAAACAACGAUCUCGUGGCAUCUCCGGCGAGGCCCCCGCAUGAGAGGUGGCUGCCGAACAGAGAGCAGCUGGCCGUCCUGGAGGAUCUUUACUCGAAAGGGACGAUGCCAUCUCAGGAGAACAUCGCAGAGGCCGUCUCUCUCGUCGGCCAUGAUCACGGCCCGGUCUCUGAGUCCAAAGUCUACUUCUGGUUCCAGAACAAGAAGGCCCGCGAGAGACGGCAGCGCCGCCGCAUCGAGGAGGCCAACGCCGCCUCCGGCGCAUGCGCCUCCGCCAUCGCCACCACCGCCGCUGCGUCAGCUUCAUCCGGUAAAUCCAGUGCAGAGGAAGAAUCCAUGAAUCAUAUCAUAUCCAUCGGUUUUUCAUUUCCAGCCCUCCUUGCGAGGAAUAAAAAAGAGAGGAGGAAAAAAAUGAGAGGAUUUUCUUUUCUUGUUCUGAUAGAUCGUUAG